AUGGCGUCUUUAGAAAUGGUUUCGAUAAAGAUGUUUGAAUGUGUCCCGAGUGAUCGUAGCAAGAAAGAAAAGGAUCUCAAAGUUUUAAUCAGAGAUCAAUCCGACAAUUUUCGUGUCUUACCUGUGGAUGAUUCUCGAAGUAAACAAGACGGGAAAGAGGUUCUUGAAUGUUCUUCAAGAUCCUCUGUUUCCGAAACAGAGGACUCUCUGACGUUCAUUUCUUCUGCAGAGACCAAUUCAAAUCCGUUUUAUAAUCUAGUUGAAACAGAGAACACGUCAAGAAAUGAGAUCAUCAUGGGAGCUUCUUCUCUGGUUCAGAUAUGGGAAGCUAGGUCGCGACCGUCUAGCCCGACUCGAAAUCAUUUCCUUCUUGAUAGCUUAUUUUUUGAAUCUCCCAUUGACGAGGUAAGAAACAACGGCGAAGAAUUAGAUUGGUGUUUACAGUCAAACAUUUCAGAUUCUUGUGAGAAGGAGAGAGAAUCAAAAUGUUCACCUGCGUUGGUAAGGAUAAGAGGACGGCAAGCAUUUGAAGAUUUCUCGAUAAUGAUUCUGCGUGAAAGGAAAGCGUAUCUCGAAUGGAUCUCUGGUCUCACCACGGUUUCGAAGUUCUCACCUCGUGGAUGCGAGCGUCUUCAGUACAUGCUUAGGAUCAGAUCUUUUGAAAGGUGCAUCGCGAUCCGAGAAAGACAUCUGUUUAAAUCAGCAAAACGGUCUUCAAGUGGGUCUGGUGUGAUGAAUCUCAGUGAUAGGUACAAGAAAAAUACGGGAAAGCCAAAAAUAGCCAAUGAAGCUAUAAUGAGUGAAGAUGAUAUAAACAAUAAGAAUAAUUUAAAGAAGCAUGAAAUUGAGAGGAAAGCUACAGAAGAAGGAGAAGGGUCAGGAGAAACUACAAAGAAUGGUAUUGAAAUGGGAAGUGUAGAAACAAACAAUACAUUGAGUAUCGCGGAGAAAGUGAAUCUGUGGGACUCUAAGGAGAGAACUAAUAUGAGAAAAACUAUGGGGGAAGAUAAAAACGAGGGAAAAGCUGCAAGAAGCAGUAUUGAAGUGGAGGCCCUAGAGGUAAUCGAUAUGGAGAGUACUUAUGGAUAUGGAGUCAGUCCGCAAGACUUUACAUCGAUGAUUAGUUUUGAGAAAAGAAAGGGAGAAGAAAAUGCGAGUAGCGUAUCUAGAGAGAGCCAUACUGAUGAAAUGUCUUCAAAAGACAUGGUAGGUGAAGAUGAACAUGAAGAUUACAGUGGAGAGAGUGUGAACUAUGAUUGGGUUAGCCCCAUAUCGCGACCACGGAGUUAUUGGGACGAUCUAAGGAAGGAACGGGAGCUGGAGAUUAUCAAGAAGCAUUCAAAGAAAGAUGAUAUUUUUCAGAAAUUAAUCAAGGAAAAGACGGUUUUUAGCUUCCUGACAAGCGAUUUUCGGAAAGAGAUUGAAAAAAUUCUGAUCUCAUGGCCACAAAAAGGGUUAGAAAUGAAAGGAAGUCAUGUGGAUGGAGAAGCUAGUGAAGAGUGCUCAGCAGAAAACCAAGGGAAACUAAAAGAAAGUGAAACAGAGAAUGUAGAUCUUGAAAGUGUAGUUGUAUGUGAUGGUUUCAGCCAAGACUCAGCAAAGAGCACGAUGAAAACGUGGAGCUACGAAGAUCAUGAACCCUACCUUAAGGAUCAUAACUAUACCUCGUCUGAAGCACAGAUGAUAUGUGAUCUCAGGGAAGAAGUUAAAAAGAUGCAAAGAGAAAUGCUCGAACUAAAAGGCUUUGUCAAAUCUUGCGUAGAUUUCCAGAAAUUCAAAUCAGAUUCAGUUUCAGAUUCUUUGCAAAGAAACUGUUUUGUAUGCUUCGACAAGCCUAUAGACUCGCUUCUAUACAGGUGUGGACAUAUGUGCACGUGUCUGAAAUGUGGCCAUGAGCUUCUAUGGAGUACUAAGAAAUGUCCGAUCUGUAUGGCGCCAAUUAUAGAUGUUGUCAGAGCAUUUCUUGAUUCUUAG